AUGCCUCUCACAAACGGCGAAGUGCGCGUUGCGCUCAACAACCCGGACGACGGCUUCACGCCUGGCGAAGACGGCGUAGAUACUGUGGCAGGUGUGGCCAACUCUCAUCGCCAGAGCCUCCGAUCAAUAUUGACCGAUCGGACGAACUUCCUCAUAUGA